AUGGCAGGGCAACAACCCCAAGACACCCUUCCUGUUUCACCUCCAACUCCCGGGAGAACUGUCGGAGAAGCAGCGGUAGGCGGAAUGGCCGCUCAGAUAGGUUCGGGGUCGUUUUCCGUGGUGUGGAGGGGUCGGAGGCGGUCGACGGGCGACGCGGUGGCGAUUAAGGAGAUUCCUACGGAGAAAUUAAGUGCCAAGCUGCACGAGAGCCUCGAGUCGGAGAUUGCGAUUCUGAAACGCGCGAGGCAUCCAAAUAUCGUUCACCUGUUGGACAUAGUUAAGACCUCAUCGCGCAUGUUCCUUGUCUUGGAGUACUGUGCGGGUGGGGACCUCUCGCACCACAUCAGGCGUGGUGGGGCGGUGAAGGAGGCAGCAGCGAGGCACUUUAUGCGGCAGCUGGGAGCAGGGCUGCAGGUGUUGCGAGCCAACAACCUGAUACACAGGGACCUGAAACCCCAGAACCUCCUGCUCUCGGAGCGCACGUCUGCUGCAGUGCUCAAAAUCGCAGACUUUGGAUUCGCCAGGUCGUUGCAGCCGCAGGGUCUGGCGGAGACGCUAUGCGGGUCCCCCCUGUACAUGGCGCCAGAGAUCCUGCAGUGCCAGCGAUACGACGCUAAAGCGGACCUGUGGAGUGUGGGCGCCAUUCUCUUUGAGCUCGUUGUGGGGCGACCCCCCUUCGGUGGUCAGAAUCACGUCCAUCUGCUCCAAAACAUAAAGAGGAGCGAGGCGAGAGUUCCCCGCGACAUUGCUGCAACUCUCUCCGAUGACUGUCUCGGGCUCAUCCGCUCUUUGCUCAAGCGAAACCCCGUGGAGCGGCUGUCGUUUGAACAGUUCUUCAACCAUCCCUUCCUUGGCCUAGCAAGUUCCCCACAGUCUAUCUGGCAACCAUCAGCCUCCUUCACCAACCCAGCUGCUCAGACCGAACCUCCGGCACUCCGUACCGAACCUCCACCGUACCCUGCCGAACCUCCACCAUCCUCCGCCGAACCUCUGCCUCUGCCACAGAGUUCCAAGCCUCCUGCAGCUGUUUCUGCCCCUACAACCCCUGCCACCACCCCUUCGGCUCUUGCUGGUUCUCCUGGUGCAGGGGGGGUUGCGCCUGCUCCCCCAACCUCCCCUCCCCUUACUCUGCCUCCUAAUACCGCCCCGCCUCCCCCUUCCCUUGCUCCCCCUGCCCCCGUUCCCCCGCUUCCCCCUCCCCUUACACCCCCUGUCUUGCCUGCCCCCCGCACUUCCCCAUCGUCCGCCCCACCUUCUUCCCCUUAUCGCUCCGUUUUCCCACACCUUCCCCCGGGCCCCUCGCUUCCUGCUGCUUCUAUCCCUGUUUCAGCUGCCACUGUAAAUAAUGCUGUGUGUGGUGCUGUUAGGGGGGAUUCGUAUAAGGAGGAUAGUGAUCCAUGGGGUGUGGUUGCUGUGGGUGGUGGUAAUGAUGAGGGCAGGGGAGGGAGUGGAGGAGAGGAUGGAGGGAGUGGGAGAGGGGGCGGGGGUGAAGGGAGGGCAGCGGGAGAGAGAGAGGGUGUUUCUGCCCUCCCUCCCAACGGGAGAGAGGGAGGGUUUGCCAAGGCAGCAGAAGCACCACUAGCAGUCAAAUCCACUACUAUCCAAACCAGUGCAAAUGCUCCUGCGGCGGCGGCUCCUUCAUCACUCCCCACUGCACCAUGCCUCACUGCACCGCUCUCCACCACACCACGCUCCGGCUUGGCUCUGGCUGUGAGCCUUGGCAUGCCUCGCACAUCCUCCCUCACCCCUCCUCCUCCUGUCAGCCUCUGCAGCCCAGCAGCAGGCAGCCUAAGCAUUGAUGCGCCUGUGCCAGCACAUAGUGCUGCUGCUGCUGCUGUGGGGUCAGACCGGCCAGGAGCUGCUGUAGCCGAAGGGAUGGAAGGCAACGCUGUGUUGGGUGGAAACCCGAGCACAGGAGCAACCUUUCAAUGUGAAGUACAGAAGGACCCACAGCAGCAGGAGCAGGUGUUUCAACAGCAGCAUCCUCAGGAGCGGAUUGCCUUUCUCAGGCAAAGCGGGCGCUACAUUGCAGAAAUUGCUGCGAGCAAGCUGGAAGCAGCAGCACCGCUCGCCUCUCUCUCCCUCCAUCUUGUCGCUCUCGCGGUGUGGAAGGAGGCUCUCACACUCUCCCACGAAUGGGCUACCACCAGUGCCACUAGCACCACCAGUGCCACCAGUGAUACUUAUAACGGUGGUGCUCAUAGUGGUGAUGCUUAUAACGGGGGUGUUUAUAGUGGUUCCAGUGGAAUGAUUCUGGUGCGCAGGAGCAGCAGCGUGGGGGCCCAUGGGGGCAGCAUAGGGGGGCAUGGGGGCGGCUUGGGGGGGCAUGGGGGCGGCUUGGGGGGGCAUGGGGGCGGCGUGGGGGGGCAUGGGGGCGGCUUGGGGGGUCAUGGGGGCAGCGUGGGCGCCCAUGGGGGCGGGGAGGAGGCAGCAGCAGCGAUGGCUUGUGACUUGGUGGAAGCAGAGUUCCUGGCAGCUGUUGAGACAGCUGAGAUGGUUGCUGCUGCUGUUGACAGGGACGACCCAUCACCCGUGCCUGAUGCUCUGGAGAUCAUCUAUCAAACUGCCCUCAUCGCUGGCCGCUCUGCUGCUGUGGAGGAGCUGAUGGGAAACAUGGCGUCAGCAGCAGCAGCCUAUGCGCGCUCAGCCACCCUUUUCGCCUUCCUCCUGCACCUAGCCCCUCGGCUCCCCAUCUCCCCUCCCCUCCGCCUCUCCCCCUCGGAUCGCCACCGCCUCACCAAGUACCACGAUGGGGUACUGGCCCGUCAGAAGCACUGCAGUGCUGCGCGGCACUGCUGA